ACAGCGCGGCUGCCGCCCCGCGCGGCGCUGCCGCCCCACCCGCAUGGAGGGCGGCGGGGAGGCGCUGCCCGCCGACCUGCGGGAGCUGGUCGGCAAGGUGGGACGGCGGCCGCCCGCCGGGCUGCUGCGGGGGCUGCGGGCCGAGACUGCCCACGCACCGCCGGCGACAGCACCGCCACCGCCCCCGGCCCGCGGUGCCCGCCUGCCGCUCGCCGAUCGCCUCCGGGCGCUCCGCCUAGAGCUGGCCUACUUGCGAGCAGUUGACGUGAAGAUCCUGCAGCAGCUGGUGGUGGUGAACGAGGGCAUCGAGGCAGUGAAGUGGCUGCUGGAGGAGAGGAGCACUCUGACCAGCCGCUGUAGCAGCCUGGCCAGCAGCCAGUACAGCCUGGUGGAGAGCCAGGAGGCCUCGCGGCGGGGCAGCUGGGACAGCCUGCAGGAUCCCAACGACAGGCUGGACAGCAUCUCUGUUGGUAGCUACCUGGACACACUGGCUGAUGACAUGGAUGAGUAUUCCCAAAAUGCCUCUGAAACCUCCGCUGCAAUCACACCAGGCAGAGCCUUGGUCAGGGCGGAGCAGGAUUGGGUCAGGAUUGACCCUGAAAGGGGUCUUGCAAAGCAAGAGAAGGGCAAAGCAGAGCACGAGUGGCCCCAUAUGGACCUCUCCCUGCCUGGGCUGCCCCAGGAUGAGCCCUUUGCUAAGGAGUCCCAGGUGGCCAACGGGUAUUUGGACCAGCAUCCCUCCUCUCUGGAACCAGGCAGAGACAUCAAAUUGCCUUCAGGGGCUGGGGAGAAGCUGGGGAAGGAGAACUCAGGUGGGAAGACUCAAAAAGCCGAGGCUGACAUCGAGAACUGCAAACUCCACAGCAAACUCCACAUGGAGUACGAUGCCCACUGGCGCUGGCUCCAGUCUCAGGAUGAUGUUACGUUCUUGUAGCCUGUGGCUUUGCCUCCCCAGUCCAGUUCUCCCAGCUGGUCCAGUCUUCCUCCUUUGUCUCUGCUUGGGAAAGUUGGGGUGGCUGGAGAGGAGGGGACAGCCUGGCUUGAUGGUCUUACACUGUUCCCCUGAACCCCUCAACAGUGUUUGGUGAAGCAGCCCUAAAGGAUGGGGAAUGCCUACCCUGUGGUAAAUUUCUGGGAGAGGCAGGAUGAGGUGGUCCCCAUAAAUUUAGUCCUUUGCUCUGGGGUGGUGCUUGUAAGUGGUGGCUGGUCACUCUGUUAUCCUUGGUGUUGGUGGCAGGGAAGAGUUGAUCAGGGAACCUGGGACAGUGGGACUCCUGGGAUCCUCUCCCUUCUAAUCUUCAGCCUCCUGUCUGCAAAAACUGAGGAUGCUCCCUGCAAACUGGCUAUCCAGAGAAGACAGGAGAUGCUCCCAAGCAGCCACAGCUUGGUGGUACCAGCAAGUGAGGUGAGGGCAGGACCAUCAGCAGGGCAUCCCUGUUGGAUGUGCUCAUUUGCAGUCAUCUUCAAGACCAGUGUCCAUUCAGAGCAGAGCUGACCUGAGGCACCUGGGGUUUGGUCACAGCACAUGAUGGAUGCUAACCUCUCCUCCCUGUGGGUGGAUCUCUGCCUCUGUGAAGCUGGUCUGAAGAGCAAUCAGGGCAGUCACUGUAGCUGCUCCCAUUAGGCUGGAAGACUUUGUCUGUGCCCUGCAGAGGAAGGACAAUGGUACAGGCUUCCCUUCCUGGUGUGAUUACACAAGAAGGGCAAAGUACUGGAUAGGAGAUGGAGAUCCAGCUGUCCCAGUUUGUUUCUGGGCAGUCUUUCACCUCAGGACCAGGUUUUGCAGAAACCCUGGGAUGUGGCAGCGUGUUGGCAGCCUGACAAAGCCCAUGGGGCUCAGUCUCCAAAAGGCUUCUGAUUUCCCCUGACACAGUAUGAUGGGGAUGACAGCCUGGAUUCUCCAUGUAUGAUGUAUGGCAUCGGGCUUCUGCCAUCUACCAGCAACCAGAAACAUGAAGCUCCUCUGCCAGAGUGGAUUUGCCCUAGAGACAUCUUCUCUGUCCUUUCAGCCUUGGCUUCUGCCUGUGCCUUUUGCUAUCCACCCACCAUACCUCCCAACACACCCCUUGAUGGCUUGUAGAGCAUGGCCUGCAGCUGGAGCUGGGUGAGAGCUUGGGCAGGACCUGCUGCCUUCACCAGAUGAUGCAGGGAAGGACCUGAGCAUCCUGUAGCCCCCUGCUUCCAGGAGAGGAGCUCUUCUACAUGCAUGGACUCACCUGGAUUGCACCCAUGGGUGCCUCUCUCCCUGGCUGGGUGCUGUCACAGCUUUUCUCUUGCCACGGUGCUGUGUUCCCCUGCCUGCAUGGGCUGCUGGCUGGCUCUUUACUUGCUGGGUGAUGGGAAUGAGGUCAACAUCUCUUAACCUCUACGAGAAGCCAGGCGAGAGGAAAGACAUAACUGUAACUAUUUCUAGAUGCAAGAUGUAAGCUGACUGUGGCUAGGAAGGUGGUUGACUGCAUGAUAGGCUCAAGUUGUGCCUCUGAAGCAGCAACUUCAGUGGAAACUACUCUCUGUGCUGAGACUCCCGAGCAUUCUCCUUCCCCCUGUAGUACUUCAGAGCAUCCUGGAUGGACGUGGAGAGCGGAAUAACCUCUAAAAUUCCCCAGAGGUGGCACCUGCGAGGACUUGGAAUCCCAGCAAACAAGGACUGGGCUGCCCUACAUGAGCAUCCCACCUGCCUGCCCCAGCACAGCUGUGCUUGACUUACUGUUGCCUGUGAGCUGCUUGUGGCUCCCUGCAUAGCUCCACUGCUGCUGCUGAGCCAUCAUGUCCCCCAAGGCUGUCUGUCCCCCACUUUCUUGCUAGCUCUGCAUUCAGUCAAUCAGCUGAGGGUCCCUGGGGGUGAACAGGGUAAGGCCUCCAGCACUGUUAAAAUAAUUCUCAGCAGGAAAAUAGCUGGCUUAAUAAAUGGUAGUGUUUCUCCCAGGUCAAA